GCAGCGGCUGCAGCUUGGGCGCUCGCGCGGCGUCGCGAAGUGCCGGCUGCUUCGCUACCCUCAGGUAUGAAGGGCUGGGGUCUUGCAGCUGCCUCCUCCUCGCUCCAGCGCCAUGGAAUGCCUGCGGAGCCUGGCCCAGCUCCUGCCCCGCGCGGUGAGGUUGCCCCGGCGCACCCUGUGCGCUCUAGCCUUGGGCUUGACCCCCGGGACUCGCCCCGUUGCCGCCUGCGGCCGCGCUGCCCAGCUGCUCGGAAGGAGGUGGGCCGCGCCGCUGUACGGGCCCCGCCGGCUCCCCACGGCAGGUGAAAUUCACCGGUUUAGAACUUCUGAUGUCUUUCAAGCCACUUUAGCCAGUGUAGCCCCGGUGUUUACUGUGACAAAAUUUGACAAAGGGGGAAAGGUUACUUCUUUUGAAAGGAAGAAAACUGACUUAUAUCAAGAAUUAGGUCUUCAAGCCAGAGAUUUGAGGUUUCAGCAUUUAAUGAGCAUCACAACCAGAAACAAUAGGAUUAUCAUGAGAAUGGAGUAUUUGAAAGCUGUGAUAACUCCAGAGUGUCUUCUGAUACUAGAUUAUCGUAAUUUAAAUUUAGAGCAGUGGCUGUUCCGGGAGCUCCCUUCACAGUUGGCUGGAGAGGGUCAACUUGUCACAUACCCUUUACCUUUUGAAUUUAGAGCUAUAGAAGCACUCCUGCAAUAUCGGAUCAACACUCUUCAGGGGAAACUUAGCAUUUUGCAACCAAUUAUCCUUGAGACAUUGGAAGCUUUAGUGGAUCCCAAACAUUCUUCUAUAGACAGAAGCAAACUGCACAUCUUACUACAAAAUGGCAAAAGCCUGUCAGAGUUAGAAACAGAUAUUAAAAUAUUCAAAGAGUCCAUUUUGGAGAUCUUGGAUGAAGAAGAGUUGCUGGAAGAGCUCUGUCUGACAAAGUGGAGUGACCCACAAGUCUUUGAAAAGAGCAGUGCUGGGAUUGACCAUGCAGAAGAGAUGGAGUUGCUGUUGGAAAACUACUACCGAUUAGCUGAGGAUCUUUCCAAUGCAGCUCGGGAACUUAGGGCACUGAUUGAUGAUUCACAGAGUAUCAUAUUCAUCAACUUGGACAGCCACCGUAAUGUGAUGAUGAGGUUGAACCUACAGUUGACCAUGGGAACCUUCUCUCUUUCACUCUUUGGACUAAUGGGAGUUGCUUUUGGAAUGAAUUUGGAAUCGUCCCUUGAGGAGGACCAUAGAGUGUUUUGGCUGAUCACAGGAAUUAUGUUUAUGGGAAGUGGCCUCAUCUGGAGGCGCUUGCUGUCAUUCCUUGGACGACAGCUAGAAGCUCCUUUGCCUCCUCUGAUGGCCUCUUUACCAAAAAAGACACUGCAGGCAGACAGAAGGAUGGAAGUGAAACACAGCUUCAGGCCGGAUGGACUUGAAUCAAGCAGGAGUGUCCUAACAAACCGUUAGGCACAACCCGGUGGAAACUGCAUUAUUUUUUUAUGGUAGUCACAGGAAAAUUCUGAUAUUCUUCUAUUUUCUUUUAUAAGAGUCAGAGACUUGGGGGGGAAAUCACUGACAUUUAAAUUACAGUGUCUGAUGUUAAAAAUAUGGCAGUCACAGUACUAGAACUUAAUUGCAUUUUCAGGAUUCUGAGUAAAGAAACAAAGCGCUUGCUUUGUAAAAGGCCAAAGUUCUAUUUCCUACAAACUUAAGCUGUUUUUAGAGACAUGUAAGACAUGGAGAGAUUAACUUAACACAAGAAUAGAUUGUGGUAUCAAUUUUAUUUAAUUUAUACAUGUCAACAAAAGUGCAACCUCAUGCCAAAUGAAGCCUGGAAACUUGACAAGCCCACAGUUAUGAGAACAGGUAACCAUAGUUCUUAGUACAAGGAAUCACAUUCUUGUGAAUUUGUCACUCUCAGGUGACUGAAAAGCUAGCAGAAUAUAUAUUAACCUUAAAACAAACUCUGGGAGUUUGUGCUUUAAACCAGUCUUUGACAUAACCUAAUUUUCUUGUAUUUGCCCCCUUUUUAUAUAAGGAAUAAAAAAAAAGAAAUGAGUUUAAUGUCAGCUUUAUAUAGAUUCCAGUUAAUCAGAAUUUUACUUCCUCAACCAAUGAAACUAUUUUUCUUUGCUUGACUAUAAUUAAAGCUUUUGGAAAUUGAGCUGAAAGAAUUUCCAUUCUAUUACUGCUUUAUAGCUGUUUUGGUCAUUCCCUGGUUUUUAGAACAGAUAGACAUGUCACCCCAAAAAGGAAAAUAUAUGUAGCCUAGUUAAUCUAUUUGCCUACACCUCAGAGGUUGACAGAUGGGCUUCCUAAAACAAGAGGGUAGAUAAACUUUAAAAUUGUGAUACCUUUUUGUUUUCACAAUCAGAUUUGGGUUUAAAACAAAUGACUGAUAUUUGUAUGUCUCAAAGCUCCUAUCCUGGGGCUUCCCUGGUGGCGCAGUGGUUGAGAGUCUGCCUGCCGAUGCAGGGGACACGGGUUCAUGCCCCGGUCCAGGAAGAUCCCACAUGCCGCGGAGCAGCUGGGCCCGUGAGCCAUGGCUGCUGAGCCUGCGCAUCCGGAGCCUGUGCUCCGCAACGGGAGAGGCCACAAUGGUGAGAGGCCCAUGUACUGCAACAACAACAACAAAAAAAAAAGCUCCUAUCCUACUUAACAUCUUCUGCCUCUUUUAAUGUUGGGUUUAUAAACCUGGAUGAACUUUUUGGCCAACCCAAAUUAUUUUCUGGAGGUUAAGUACAGUUAUGCAAUAGAACAUGACAGUUAUAUCUGCCUCCAAAAGAUGCAUAGAAGAUUCUAGAGUGUUCAGAGCAGCUCUUGCACUAGAAAUUUAGUAAUAAAAUAAAUAUGUAUACCCUGAUGUUGUUGGAGGAUACCUGAUACCCUAAUAUGUCAUAUGAGGGAGUUUAGGGGUCCAUUUACCAGGUGGUUUAGUGCUAGGAAUAAAAAUGCUCUUCUAGUAGCUGAUUUGAAAGAAAACAAAGUUACAAGUAUUAAGUUUUCCUUGUUCCCAUGUCUGGUUAUGAGAGGACAUUAGAAUAGCAUGAAACAGGCUGGGCUUGUCUUGGAGCACACUUUAUGGUGUGGUUGUUGCAAUGUGAAUAGCAUCAUACAUCUGUUUGAUGAUUUCCAAGAUGAAGUAUCUUUGACAAUAUUUAGAUUUCACAGGGCACUCUUCUUUGGUAUGCCUCAGAGCGCUCUGCUGAUAUUUUUGAUCUUAGGUCAUCACUGUAAAAUAAGGUAAUAAAUAUCAUUUAACUGUGACAUAUGAAGAAUUGGAAGUCCAGAGGGCCAAAUUUGAUUUGGUUAAGAUCAGGCAUAGGAUAGAAGUUUGGUCUUUUCUUCUUUCUGAUGUUGCUUAGUUUGUGGGCUCACAUAAAGUUUUGAUGAGUCAUGUCUCAUCAGUAAACGGGAAAAUAAAUGCAACUACCUCAUAAGUCUGAUAAAGGGAAGGUACUAAUGGUUUAUUAACUUCUUGAAGGUGGUUAAAUCAAGUAUGAUUUCCAGAUGUCAGCUAGCUCUGCUUUGGUGAUAGGUAGCAGGAUGCUUCUUAUAUUAAAGAGACGGAGUACAUAAACUAUUUGUAAGUAAGGUGAAAGAAUACCAAACAUUGUUAUGAGUAAGCAGGCCGUCGUAUUCUGUUUAACAUGUAUAAGUACAAGGAAUGAUAUUCUUAACAGAUUGCCUUUGUAAGGCCUUUAAGAAAAUGUGGCAAGAAUAGACGUCAUUAAGAUGCUGUUAACACUUGCUUCAUCCUUGAUAAAGACUGAUAACCACUAAAUAGUCAUAUUAAAAAGCUGUUUGUUUUGGUGAGUUAUUCCAAGAGUUGUACAAGCUUUAUGUUUUGGAAUUGCAAUAUUAAACUCACUUUAAAUUCAGGAUUUAUUGUCAUUACCUUAGUAAUAUCUAUGCAGAUGGAGCACGGAAUAGGGAAUUCAGAGAUCUGAGUUAAUUCCCAAACUCACUUCAAAUCUCUGUAGGUCUGUGAUACAAAGGCAUAGAGCAAUUCCAGUCUUGAAGCCUUGAUGAAAGUUUUGGCAUAUACAGGUAAUAGAUAAAAAUUGCAAAUAUGUAAAUGUGUUCUGAUAUCUUAAAGGUAAUUUUGAGUUAAAUUGUUUAAGUUCAGAUUUGUGUUCAGGAGAGAUUAAGGUAUUUUUGUUAAGUAUUUCAGAAUCAAUGUUUAGAACUACAGUUAAUACUUAGUAGAGUGAAAAUUUAAUCCACCUAUUAGGAUAAUACAUUAGACUGUCAGGCAUUAGACUUUUUUCCUGUAUGCUGGGUUUUCACAUACUUGCCAUAUACACAGAAAUACAAUUUAUAUAAUUUUGAAUAUGGGGUUAGUAUGGUUUAAUAUCCUAUAUGAAAACCUGCUUCUAACACUGUAAAUUUUAACCUUCUACUGCUGCUGCUUGCUAUGUGGUAUGUUCAGGCAUUGAGAAAAUAAAAUCCUCAGGUAAAGAAUAAUCAUGUUUAAACAUAGGCCCUAUCAUUUAGUAAAGCAUAACACUUUCUGUAAUAAUGGCAAUAUGAAGGUAUGCAUCCUUCUAAUCCAAUAGUGAAAACAUGCCUUCACUAAAAUGCAGUGUCAUUAGCUUGUUCUACACUCAGACUUCUCAAUUCAUAAAAGCUCAUAAUUACAACUAAUUUCUGGUCCCCUAAAAAUAAACUUCCUUUUAAUUAAAAAUAAUUCUUCAAAUAGGUUGAGCUGCCCAAAUAGGCUGAGCUGCCAAUAAUUGUUAACCAAAAACCACACGGUGUUUCUGUGUGCUUUUUGCUGUGCCAUAGGGGAACCAUGCAGCUAGUAUACCUCUUUAAGAAAGAUGAGCCAGUCCCAGGAGUGAUCCAGAGGUCCUAUCUAGGUAUGUGCCUGUUUAUGCUGUUUUCCUAUAUACAUACUCACCUUAUGCUCACAGUUGUAAUUCUACUAGCUUUUCCUUGAUUUCUGAUUUAGCUU